AUGCGCACAACCCUUCGGAGGUCCUGCAACGCGUGCGCAAAGGCGAAGCUCGGCUGUGAUCUCAGAAUCCCCCAGUGCUCUCGGUGUAUCAAGAGAAACUCCAAAUGCGUAUAUGCAAAUAAACCGCUAAACUCAUCCUUGGAUGCAUAUGGAUCGUCUACAGAGGUGACUAGCUACAGUCCACCGGCUGCAACCGCCUCUUUCGAUCCAUUUGAUUCAUAUCCGCCGACAAGGCUUCCUAGACUACAUGUUCAACGCCUGAUCCACCGAUUUCUGUCCAGCAUUGCGUUUCAAUACUAUCCGCUAGACCUCAAUAUGGGCUCUAAUCCAUUCAUUGUUUCUUGGUGGCCUCUUGCACUUGCUGACCAAGCACUAUUUCAUGUGUCAUUACAGACCGCAUCUCUUUACGAGGAGCUGCAGGCGCAGAAGGGGUUCCCGAUUUCAGACCUCCUCAUGGUCGACUCGAUUGCUUUCGUGAGAAGAAGAAUCGAAGAUUCAUCAUUAGCAUUUCAAGACGAGACGCUAGACUCUGUGGUAACGUUGGCUGCUAUUGAGCAUGGAAAGGGCAAUAUCGAAGCCAGCAGAAUGCACAUUGAUGGAGUCAAAAGAAUGGUUGGCAUCAGGGGUGGAAUCGAUGAGCUAAAACAGAGAAGCCCGCUCACGGCGAGAAUGGUCUCAUGGGUAUCUAUGCUUGUCAUGGAAGCGCCUCAAUUCCCGAUUAAAGACGACUCUGGCCAUGGAGAUGGAAUCAGCGCAAUACCGCAGUGGCAGCUGGUUUCGACAGACGCGGAGAUACAAGACGCGAAUCUGUAUAAACUAAAUGUCACACCAGCUAUGAGCGACAUCUUGUCUCGGCUCAGGAACAUCUUUCAUCAUUCAUGGCAUUCAAGUUUGACCAAUACGCAGCUGCAUGAUCUAACCUGUUUUGUUAUGCACAAAUUGCUGCUGGUGCCUCCAUUCCUGGAUGCAAAUGCAGACCCAGUGCAAUCGGCCGCCUCUGAGUGUCUCCGAUACGCGACCGCACUUUAUAUGCUAAUCUUACAUGGCACCACAUAUUAUUCCCACGUUGGCUUAGCCAAUGCCAUCAUUCUUCAGCUCAAAGGCCAUCUGGCGGCCCUGCUGAGAAAUGACCAUAUCAGCGGUCCACUAGGGAUCUGGGCUAUUUCCGUUGGCAUGGUGGCCACCGUUGGCACCAGGAACCACGAAUGGUUUACGGAUCAAGCGAGCGUGGCUGCAGCAGCUCUCGGCUUGAACACAUGGGAGGAUGUCCUUACGCAUCUGCAGAGCAUCCUCUGGGUAAGGGUGCCACAAGAGGAACUUUUCCGCCAGGAGUGGGAGGAAGCGUUUAAGACGGCUGCAAAAGGAGGUUAG